UGGCCAAUAAUGAUGUCAACAAAUAAAUGAUACUUAUGUAAAUACACGUGAAAACGAACAUAAUACGAGACGGCGAUAAAAAAAUGAGCUGAAAACCUUUUCCGUCUAUCCUUGAAGUCGUAUUGAAAAAUCCUUCGAUUUCGACAAUACAAACUUAUCUUUUCGAUGUACUCGUAUUUCGAAGCUCAAUCUUCCAUCUGAGGCACAGUCAAGCAUAACAGGAAUCCAAACGAGCCAUAGCAACGGCUUCGCGUGCGUGGCGCAUUCUUCUUUAUUUUUCGGUCUCCCCCUCGGCGAAACGUGUGUAUGCGUGCGUGUAUCCGAAGAGAGAGAGAGAGAGAGAGAGAGAGAGUCGCGCGCGUUCGGCUCUUCUUAUUCUCCUGCGCCUCCUUCUAAUAUUUCGUGGCGAAUUGUUCUUGUUUUGGGCCGUCCAAAAGUGUGGCUUACGUCAUGCUGGACUUUGAGAAAAAGUGCACCGAGCAAGAUCUCAAAGUUGCCGCUGCAAUCGAAAGAAAACGACAGAUUGAAGAGGCUAGGAAAGCACGAAUUUUUAACCCUCGUGUUCGCAGGAUCGGAAUAGACAAGGAGUUUUUAGAUAAGCAAGUAGAGGAGAAGAAGCAUCAACGAGCGUUGGAGAAGGAGGAAGAAUGCCGUUUAAACGAGGCCCUAGUUCGCAGCAGCCAACUUGCCAUUCUUCUCGAGAGGCAGCACGACCAAGAACGGCGUCAACUAAACAAGGAAAUCAACGCCUUCAGGCAGAAUUUUCAGAAACCACAGCAACGAAGAGACUUUGACCUGUAUGAUCCUGAAUUACUGAAAAAGUCAAAACCUCCGAGGGAGGAGAACGAUUAUCGUUUGGGACCAGCGUCUGCCCAGAUUUUCGAGGGCGAGGAUGCGAACGGAGCAAACCGACGACGCGAACAACGCGAACAAAUGCAGAGUUGGAUAGUCCAGCAGGUACAGCAGAGAAGACAAGCUGACAAGGAAAGAUCAGAGUCCGAAAGGAUGUACCAAGAAGCUGUUUUGGCGCGUGACAAGAGGGCUUUGCAGUUGGAUAACAUGGAGCGGGAAUGUCGACGAAGACUCAACGAAGCGACGGCUAGAUUCAACCGGGCUUUGGCCGAAGAACAAGAACAACGCCGUCGCUGCUUGGCCGCUCAAGAGGACGAGGACGCGCGAGCGGAAAUCUACAAUCACGUGACCGGCGACUUCCUUACCGAGCCCAAGGAUCUGGCCAACAGUGCACUCGGGCCCAGUAAAAUAUUAGCCAACCGAUUCAAGGGCAUGACCUCCGCUCAACUCAGAGUCUUUCGAGACGAGCAGGGCAGGCAGAUGCAAGAGAUACAGCGAAUGAAAGCCGAGGAAAGCAAGAGAAACGAGGACUGGAACAAAAUGGUGAACGGAAACGCCAGGGCCGCCGAGAGUCAUCAGCGGGAGUUGGAUCGUCGACGAGCAGAACUCAGCAAGCAGAUCGCCGAGGAGAAUUUGCGAAUGGCCGAGCAGCAAAAGUCACACCAGGAUUACCUCAAUCGACUCGUGUACCAAAAUAAACCGAGCCCCGAGUUCUACGAGCAGUUCAAUAAGAGCACCCGAUGAAUAACGCAUCUAAUUGCCUCUCCCUUUCGCAAUCCAUCGUCAGCUCUGCGCGUGUCCAAAAUUUUUCGCAAUAAAAAUGUAGUACGAGAACUACAAGGAAACGUCAUUUCUCUCCUUUCCAGAUUAAAGUGCUUACAUGUUCUUGCAGUCAUAGAUUGCAUUUUUAUAUUUUAUUUUUGAUCGAACAAGUUUAGACAGUGGAGCCAU